CGGGCAGUUCCAUCCUGCUGCCCCUGUCCCAUGUUUCCUCUCCCUGCUGGCCCCUCUCCCCCACCUCUCCGAGGCCAUGGCUGCGGCAGUCGCGUUCCUGGCGGCUGUGGUGGCCGCCCUGCCCAGGCUGACGCGCGAUCCGCAGGCCGACCUGGCCACGGCACAGCGGAUGCAGCAGCGCAAUGAGUUCCUUCACCAGGAGAUGACGCGGCUGUGGCAGGAGGUCGAGCAGAUCAGAUCCCUGGAAGGAGCCCUUGUCCAUUAUGUGUUAAAGAACUGGCUGUUUUGGGCCACUGCAGCAGCCAUGCUCACAGAGGUCUGCUGGCUGGCCUGGCAAAGGAAGCUUGCCUCCAGCAGCGAGGACGAUAAGGGGGAACAAGACCUCAACAGACCAAGCAAUGGUGCCAGGCAUUCGGCUCAAUCCACCCAAUUACCAGUGCAGGAACUGCCUGAUCCAUGCAGGAAUCUGAAGCAGCUGGUGCGUGACCUCCUGUAUAUCACCAGAGAGUUUUCCAGGAGGACUUUCAUGCCAGAGAUUUACCCAGACAGAGGAAUGGGUAGCAGCCAUGAGCACUGGAGUAUCUUUGAGAAUAGAAUCUUCUACCAGCUGCUCGUGUUCCUGCGGCCACCCCCUGGUCACUCCUUCAUCCUGGAGCAGGACACCGUGGGGCAGCACCCAGAGAGGUGCUCUGACAUCCGUGUGGUGCUGGAGUGCACGUGCUCCAUGGAGGACGUGAUGGGAUAUUCCUUGUGCUUUGUCCAUCGCCGGGGCAGAGAGCUCCUGCCAGAUUACAGAUCACUGCUCCUAGAAAGCCUCUGCACAGGCUUCUACUUAAAUGUGGAGCAAAUCUCCAGCUGGGUUCAAAACUUGCUGGUUGCAGCCUGGCUGCGUUUGCCUCCGUGGCCGCGCCGGCGUCUGACGCUGCUGCCCUGCACCCGCUCCUGCAAGUUCCUGGUGAGCAGCUCCUCCAGGGAGCAGAGCUGCACUGAGAUGUUCUUUGCAGUGUAUGAAGGCACCACGGGCAGCUUUGUAGUCCUAGAGUAGGCAGCAGCUUCCCCAUGGAGCAGAUCAUCUCCAGUGCCAUCACACAGCUCGAACAGGACAAGCCUCUUUUGCAGCAUGGGCUUGGGAAGGACAGGUCCUGCUGGCCACCCUGAUCUUCUGUGACAGGGUGCCUCACAUGGGGAAGUGAGGGAAAGGCUGUGGAUCUGGUCUGCCUAAACUUGAAUAAAGGAGCAAAAUUGAAGAACUUUUUUCCCUUUUGACAAAGGCAAGAAUUUUAGCAUUUUUAUGGAACGUUUAAAAUUCAGUGACUUCUGCUGCACAAAACCAGUUCAUAAUUGUCAAAUAAACCACUCAUUAACAAUCA